GGCAUUAUCAGGAAGGCAUGAAAGAGAUGCAUUUGAUACUUUAUUUGACCAUGCUCCAGACAAGCUCAAUGUAGUGAAGAAGACUCUCAUCACCUUUGUGAACAAGCAUCUCAAUAAAUUGAAUUUGGAGGUCACUGAACUGGAGACCCAGUUUGCAGAUGGUGUUUACUUAGUCCUGCUAAUGGGUCUCCUAGAAGGCUAUUUUGUUCCUCUGCACAGCUUUUUCUUGACUCCUGAUAGUUUUGAACAAAAGGUCCUCAAUGUAUCCUUUGCAUUUGAACUAAUGCAAGAUGGUGGAUUGGAAAAACCAAAGCCAAGACCAGAAGAUAUUGUAAAUUGCGACUUGAAGUCUACGCUGAGAGUACUGUACAAUUUGUUUACCAAAUACAGGAAUGUGGAGUGA